CCUUUAGAAGUUCGUUCUGGUUAAUUUCUUUUUGUUUUCAGGUCAUCACUUUCAUGGCUAGAAAGAAGGUGAAACUUGCAUACAUAAUCAAUCAUUCAAACAGGAAGGCAACAUACAAAAAGAGGAAAUAUGGUUUACUGAAGAAGAUUAGUGAACUGAGCAUCCUAUGUGGGAUAGAUGCAUGUGCAAUAAUUUAUGGUGAAAACAAUCCUCGAGCAGAGGUUUGGCCAUCUACAAUUGGAGCAAGAAGUGUGUUGUCAAAGUUCAUGCGUUUGCCAGAAUUGGAGAGAAGAAAAAAGAUGGUGGAUUUGGAGGGAUUCUUGACUCAAAGUAUAGCGAAAGUCCAAGACUCGUUGAAGAAACAAAUGGAAGAAAAUCAAAGGAAGCAAAUGAGUUAUUUUAUUAGUCACUUUAUUCACACCGGUGAAUAUAACCCUGGUAAUGUGAACUUGAAUGAUCUCAAUGAUUUAACGACAAUAAUUGAUAACAAUCUAAAGGAAAUCGAAGGAAAAUUGAGUUCGAUGGAAGUCGUAGCCGAAGAGGAGACUGGAAAUAGAGUUGAACCUAUGCAUAAUCAUGUUGGUGUCCAAGAACGGGAGACCAACAUGAAUUAUGCUAUGAAAUCUGAUGAUGAACAUCUUCCUUUGGACUUACCAUUUGAUGAUGUUAAUAUCGACACAAAUGGUCUUUGGUCUAUCUAGUCCAAAAUAAUUCCCUUGAAAAAUUAUGCUCUGUUUGGUUAUAUUUUUUUAUUUAUAGUUGUUGGUCUUUGUAAUUUUAAGUUAUGUUUGUUUUG